AUGGCCAGCAUGACGGUCCAGCUGCUGGGCUUCUUCCUGGGUCUGCUGGGGCUUGUGGGUAGUGUAGUUGCUACAGUGCUCCCCCACUGGUGGCAGACGGCCUAUGUGGGCUCUAACAUAAUCACAGCCACUGCCUACAUGAAGGGGCUCUGGAUGGAGUGUGUGUGGCACAGCACGGGCAUCUACCAGUGUGAAGUACAUCGCUCAAUGCUGGCUCUGCCACCUGACCUGCAGGCGGCACGGGCGUUGAUGUUGCUGUCCUGCCUGACCUCCACCCUGGCAGCCCUCGUGUCCUCUGCAGGGAUGAAGUGUACCCGCUGUGCCCGUGGCUCGUCCAUCAAGCAUGUCCUGGCCAUCAGUGGGGGGGUCUGCUUCCUGUCUGCAGGCAUGCUCUGCCUAAUCACUGUCUGCUGGACAACCAAUGAUGUCAUCCUCGACUUCUACAACCCCAUCCUACCUGAAGUUAUGAAGUAUGAGAUUGGCAUGGCGGUGUAG